AUGAAGCCACCUCUGUUUAAGGAGGGGAUUGAUCCGAUGAAAGCAGAGGCAUGGGUGUUGGGUGUAGAGAAGUUAUUUGAGGUUUUUCCAUGCAAUGAAGCUCAGAAGGUACAACUUGUUGCCUUCACUCUCGAAGAUGAAGAACAUAAGAAGAGGACUGAGUUUGAGACUUUGAGACAAGGGAAUAAGAUCGUUGCCGAGUAUGAAGCUCAAUUUGUAGAACUAGCCUGUUUUGCACCCCAUAUGGUGGACACGGACUAUAAGAAGGCAAGAAAAUUUGAAGGAGGAUUACAGAAUGCUAUUCUUGAUCGAAUCAAUGUGUUGAAAUUACCUACAUAUGUCAAUGUAUUGGAAAGAGUAAUCAUGGUAGAGGGAAAUAUUGCUGCUCAGAGUCGGAUUUCUGAGUGGAGAGGGAAGAGACAGAAUACUUAA